GAGGCAGGGAUAAGAGUCCAGUCAUAUUCUGUGGACACAUACUUAAAUAUUGCGAUCUCUAGUCGUGACUGCAUUCCAGACUGUUCAUGGAAUAGGAGAACAAUAUGGAGGACCUGAGGAAUAGGGGUCAAAAGAGAGAGGGGAGGCACAGGGACACAUGGGAUCCCUUUCAGCUAAAUCCUAUUGGAGCCGAGAAAGAAAAGAAGAAAACAUGUUUUAUCUUAGUGCAAUACUUCAUGGCAGUGGUUGUAGGCGUAUUGGUCCUGACCAGUGCCGUCAUCAGCAAGGGUUCUCUUCUAUCACUGGUCACACUUUCCAGUCCAAAAUCCCUCAGGAGUUCUACGGAUAGGCAGUUCUACACGCUACUCCUCAUGUGUGCCCUCGUUACACCCAACCUGCUGGUGUUCCUCAAGUGUCUGUGGAAAUGUGCUUUCAAAAGCUUUGUUUCUCCCACCAUGAAAACCAUGGCCAUUAUUUCAGUGAUUGAGGUUCUGGUGGCACUGGGAACCUCGAUCUUGGUUCUAAUUGUGAUGCCUCAGUUCGAUGUGCUGACCAACCUGUUUAUAUCUGGAGGUGUCUGCAUUGGCACGGCCUUCCUGCACGCUGUCCUUCGUCUUCAGCACCAGCGCUGGAUGAUCAUCUUUCCUAUUUGCUCAAUUAUUCUAGUGUUCACUGGCUACAGCCUGCUGGCUACCGAUUACUAUGUGCGAAUAUCUUCCUAUGUCUCAGACCAAGACCAAGACUGUUACUACUAUGUAGGCCUUGCUAUAUUUGCUUCCCUGUUAGUCUCUCUUAACUGGUGGGAAAAUUCUCUGCAGGCCAGCAACAAUAUUCAAGAUAUGCUCUCUGAAUUAGAUAGCUUCAGAGAUUCUGUGUUCAUGAUCACCAGUCUUAUGAGGAUCGCGGUCACUGUCGGGAUAUACUUCCUUUAUUAUGGCCUAAUAGCUGAGACCCGCAUCGACUGGAGCGCUUUCACAGAAGUUAAGAAAGAUACGCUUGAGGUAGGCCUUGGGGUGUUUUUUCUGCAAGCCUUCUGCUCUGCCGCCUGCCACUGGUUUGGCGUUGUGGCCUGCAAGAUCCAUUCCGUGAGGAUGAGCUUUGCCAUGCCAGUCUCAUUGACAGGCCCUGCUACACUGAUUGUCGGCAUAACACUGUUCCUUACUCAAGCAAGCACCUUGGAUUAUACACCCGAGACAUCAUAUCUUUCUGAAGCGGCAGGCAACUACUCAACAAUUGAUAACCCUUUUCUGGACUUUUGCGCCGGCAUUGUGAAGAUGAAGGUCUCCAACAGCACCUCACUGAUUCUUCUGGAACUCACCAACAGUAUCUGCAAAACAUCACUGAAUAGCCACUAUGCGGUUUGGCCUUUCUCCAUGUUGGCUCUUGAGGGGGUGUGCAUGUGGCUCGGGUUGAUUACGUGCACGUAUUACGUGUGGAGCAUGAAGGUGCCGCGUAUCGAGCGGACGUCCCAGCUCUUUGUGCGAAGGUUGUACGAGUCUGCUUUUAUUGAUCAGUCGCUACUUCUAAACACCAAAAUGAAAGUGAAGAAUCCAGAAAGCUCUGAGGAAGCAGAGAACUGUGUCAUAUAUCUCUGUGCAACAAUGUGGCAUGAAACAUAUGAUGAGAUGCUUAAGAUUCUUACCUCAAUGUUCAGACUGGACAGGUACAGAGGUGAUCCAAAGGAAGAGCACAAGGAUUUCUUCGACUUUGAAUGUCAUAUUUAUGUCGACGAUGCCUUUAUGAAAGACAAAACGACUGAGACAAAGUUGGUCAAUUCAUAUGUAGAUGACCUAAUAAAUGUGGUCAUAGAAGUAUACAGAGUAUUCACAAACAAAGAGCCAGAUGAAGUCUCUAUCACCGAAACUCCUUAUGGUGGCCGGAUUGCAUUUGUGCUACCAGAGGGAAACAUGUUAUAUAUCCAUCUGAAGGACAAACUUUUAAUACGAAACAAAAAGAGAUGGUCACAGAUCAUGUAUAUGUAUUAUCUCCUGGGUUGGAAAGGUUAUAUAGUGAAAAAUCCACAAAAAAUCACUAGACAGAACAAUGUGUGUCGUGCAAGUCUCAUAUCACUGGAUGGAGAGGCUUACCUCUUACCAAAUUUUGACAAUGAUAGCAAGAGGAAACACAUAUCAGAUGAGAACACGUACAUCUUAGCUUUGGAUGGGGACACUGACUUCCACCCUUCAGCUGUAAUUUUACUGGUUGAUCGUCUUCGAAUGUAUGCUAAUGUCGGUGCUGCUUGUGGAAGAAUUCAUCCAACUGGAAUGGGGCCGAUGGUGUGGUAUCAGAAGUUUGAGUAUGCUGUGGGGCACUGGCUCCAGAAAACAGCAGAACAUGUGUUUGGGUGUGUGCUUUGCAGCCCUGGAUGCUUCAGUCUGUUCAGAGGGUCAGCUCUAAUGGAUGACAAUGUGCUGAAGCGAUACACCACCAAGGCCACCAGGGCUUCUGAGUAUGUCCAAUAUGACCAAGGUGAGGAUCGCUGGCUUUGCACGCUGCUUCUCCAGCAGGGAUGGAGAGUGGAGUACAACGCUGCCUCAGACGCUUACACAAAUUCUCCACAGGAAUUUAAAGAGUUCUACAACCAAAGGCGCCGCUGGGGUCCCUCGACUCUCGCGAAUACAUUGGAUCUACUACACAGUGGAAAAGAAACUGCAAAGAGGAACUCUUCAAUAUCCAUGCUCUACAUCUUUUAUCAGAUCUUCACUGUGGCCUCUUCUAUACUUGGACCUGCUUCUGUCACUUUGAUGGUAGCUGGGGCUUUUCAGUUUGUGUUUAGUAUUGCAGGAACACUGUCCAUUGUCAUAGCAGUCAUACCACCAUUGGUUUACAUGCUAAUUUGUUUCUUCACCAAAUCCAACUUCCAGAUUACAAUCGCUGCCAUUUUUAGUGUUUUGUAUGCUUUUCUGAUGACAGCAUCUUUCUUCUCCAUUAUUGGCGACAUGGUGAAGGAAGGGACGUUCAUUACUCCUACUGGGAUAUUUCUGGUGUCCAUGGCAAUCUUGUACUUUGUUACAGCACUACUUCAUCCCCAGGAGUUUGGCAUGAUUGUCUAUGGGCUCAUGUAUUUUAUAUGCAUCCCUAGCGGUUACCUCCUACUUACUAUCUACUCCUUGGUCAACAUGAACAUAGUGUCCUGGGGCACUCGAGAAUCCAACAAAGAGAAGGAGGAGAAAAAGCAUGUGGGUGUUUUGUGCAACCGCAACUGCAAACUCUGUUGCUGGGAUGUAAAUAUCCAAGUCACUCAAGAAACCGAAAACUUAAUGCUCCAGCAACUCCAGCAAGCAGUCAAUCCGGAUGGUUCAUCGGCCAAAGUGGAGUCGACCGUACUGGGUGCUGAGGACAAUUCAAAACCUUCUGAAACGGACAAUCAGCCUAAUGUUGAAAACAAAAGAGGUGCUUCAUUGAGGAAAAGAGAUGUCAAGCAUCUGUCCAAUGAGAAGGAACAAGAAGAUACAAAAUCUUUAAACAGUACUAGUGACAUCAGCAUGGAUCAAAAAACUUACAAUUCAUAUGAUGAUGAUGAGGAUGAUGACUUGGAUGCGUACAAUGAUGAAGAAGAGCAAGUAAUUGAUGUUGUCCCUGAUAGUGAGUGGGUUGGACCAGUAAAGACAGUAUUCCUGAGGAAGCUUACCUACGCAAAUCUCAAAAGGAACCUGCAGGAGCAGAUCAGGUACACCCUUAGAAACAAGCACCAGGAAGAUCUGUGUGAGGAACUGGUGCUCAUGCUAACCGACACUCUUAAUGAAGAGCUAAAGGACAAAGUUGGUCCGGAGGACGUUUUGUUGGAAAGCCAACUGGAAGAACUACAGGAUGCUCUUAACGAGUCGGCAAGAAGGAUCCUAAAAACCAACCGCAUGCAAUUCAACCAAAUGAAGAGGCUGGAGGCAAGAGUCAAACGAGCUAUUGAAAGAACCCUAGUGGCCCCCCAGGUUACAAGACUGAAUGAGGAUGAGACUGACUUCUGGAAUAAGCUGAUAGAGCGCUACCUAAAACCCAUAGACGAUCCCAAAAGCCAUCUAGAGCAAGUGGAAAGAGAACUAAAAUCCCUACGGAACAAGGCAGUAUUUCUGUACUUUAUUAUAAACGUCUUAUGGGUAGUGGCCACAUUUUUUCUUCAAGCCAUUGGGAGUGAUGUCAUUAGCAUCAAGAUUCCCAAAUAUUUGCCCAAUGGUAGUUUGGCUGAUGAACCCCUGAAGGUGGAACCUCUAAGUUUAAUGUUCCUGCUGUCUUUUGCUAUCCUUUUGCUGAUCCAGUUUCUGGCAAUGCUUUACCACAGAGUGUACACCUUGAUCCAUGUGCUAGCCUACAGAAGCACAGAGAAGGACUACAGAGAAAAGGAUGCUGACGAGGAAGCAAUGAUCUAUGAGAACCAGAUUAUAAAUGAUCUCGUCAUAACCAGUGAUGACCUGUGAUGAAGAUACGAAGGAUUUGAGUGUAUUUACAUUUACUUAUGACUGCACUCUUGUAAUGCCAAGUCCAGGGUACAAGUUUUAUUGUGCCACAAAAAAAUGCAAUAAAAAUUCCAGCUGAGAGAAAAGUGAAAAUACUGUAAAGACACAAAUGUGUGAAUUAAACUUUGUGUAUUUAUAUUUAUACUGUGAUUUUAUUAUAGUGUAGGCAACAGAGAAGCUGUAGCUCAAUGACCCCAAAAAGUGUUUGUGUUAAAACUAAACUGCUUAAAUGCUUAAUGAAAAUUAGGAUUCACCUGAAAGAUAUGAACGAUUUAAUUAACAAUACGGCUAUACCCUGAUAUCAUUCUCAUACAAGAGCUGCCAAGUCUUUGUGGCUAGGAUUGGCUUCACUGUGCUGUAAUCAUAAACCAAAAUCACAGCUGAUUCUGAAGUUUACCAGAAGUCACCAGACUCAUGAUAUAUCAAACAUGUUACUCUGUUUUUCCAAAACAUGUUGUGUGUGUCUGUGAAGAUUCUCAGUCAUCCAGGUGUAAUUAUCUGGAAGUUAAGUCAUGUCAGCUUCUUCAGAGUGAUGUUCAUUGUGCUUAAUUUUUACAGCCUAAUUACAGGCCAAAGUCUAAAAUUCAGCUCCAGUUAGUUUAUACACCUAGAAACUGAUUAUGUGAAUGUUUUUAUGGUCAUUAGCUAAUGUGAUCAUUGUCUGGCUCGAAAACUGUCCAUGGUUGUACAUUUUAAUUAAAUGUUAUCAGCACAAGUAAUAAAUGGUUAUUACAUGUA